AUGGCCUCCACCAACUUCAAGACCAACGGACAUCAGGCCAGCGCUCCACCAUUGUCUUCGGCGCAAGCAGCGGCAGCGACAGUGUCGGCUAGGCAGCACGAAGCCAAGAGAAGGAGAUGGCAAGAGCAGUGUCGAGUCGUCCGUCUGCGCGGUCAUGCCACACGGGAUCCAUCAGGAGCAGAAGACGGCCAAGAAUCGAUACCGGCCUUCGAGAUGCUCGUCGUCGUAAGUGCUUGCGAUUCCGCUCCAGAAUCUCGACCCUCCCCUGUCCGGCUGCAGUGAGCGGUCUCGGCCACCCCGAAAGCUUCUCGGGUCGCGAGCAACGAGCUCAGUCACAGGACCUCAGCGGUUGUGGGCGGACAGAAAGCGAACACUGACUUGUCAUCCAUCGAACCCAGGGCUGCGGGGGUGGACCAUUGGAGACCAACUUAUCAUCGUAUCUCGUCAAGCCUUAUGCAACGAAGUGGGCCGAUGGGUGCACCUCGCUCGAAGGUCAGUUCGCCCUUCGUCUUCGCACUUUGCCAAGAUUCUCUUCAAUGUCUCCCGUAUGUGUGAGCUCCACGUGCUGAUUCGAGAUUUCUCGGCACCACUCGAACAUACAGCUGGAUCCACGAUCGGCGCCUUGGCCAGCUUGAUCGAAACCCAGCCUUACGCCUUUGCCGACUUUGGGCUCAAGAUCGGCGUGGACUUGCACGAGCAAGCAUCCGAUACUAAUUACAACUUGGACAGUACAACGACACCACCCAGCAAGCGUAGUCGGAAGGAGGCCAAGGGCAAACGAGCGGUCGGCGUUGGCCGCGAAGGAGGAGGCAAGGCAGCCGGCAAGAUUUGGGAUAUGGUCAGGUGUUUCGCCAUUUCCCAUGCACAUCUCGAUCAUAUUCAGGGUCUCAUAAUCUCCUCGGGCGCAUCGUUGAGCCCACGGCCGGUCUAUGGUACUUCGCGGACACUGGCGAACCUCGACAACGUCUUCGAUGGCGGCGUGUGGCCGAGACUGGUCGGAUGGGAGAGCGAUGGGAAGACCGCCGGUCGCGCUUACCUGUAUCGAGAGUGAGUUGCAGCGAAUUUAAGAGCAGAUUGGGCCGCACCCUGAGCUGGUGCUUUCGUACCGCCCACAGGAUCCCGAGACCGAACGGGGAGUGGUCGCCCUUGUCCCCUUCGCUUUCAUUCGAGGCCAUGCCGAUCUCCCACGGGAUGGACCCGUCCUUCUUCCAUCCACCAAAAAACCAACCUACAACAGUGUCUUCCGGUACAGAUGCGGCCAGUACAUCCAAGGCACCGGCAGAGACUGAAUGCUACGACUCGACCGCCUUCUUCGUUCGCGAGUCCGUCACCGGCCAGAACUACGAAUUUCUCUUCUAUGGCGACGUCGAACCCGACUCGAUCUCGAAACGACCGCUCAAUUUGGCCGUCUGCAAAGUUGCCGCGCCGCGGGUUGUGGCGGGCAAGCUGUCGACCAUCUUUUUGGAAUGCUCUUAUCCGACCUCGCAACCCACGGACAAGCUGUGGGGGCAUCUGUCCCCGCCUUUCAUGAUGGAGGAGCUUCUAGUGCUAAGGGAUCAGGUCGUUCAAUAUCGCAUUGAGCACGAGGGCUGGUCGAAGGAGAAAGCUCAGAUGCAGCCCUUGAAAGGCGUGACGAUCGUCAUCAUCCACAUCAAGGACGACAUCCUGUCCUUCCCCUCGCCCGACUCUUCGCGGUCGCCUUCGCCGCACCUGGACCAGUCCACUGGCCACUCCAACUUUUCCGGCAACUCUUUAUCACCCUUCGUCCCUUCGGCGAUGUCACACCAUGCGCCGCUUUCUUUGUCCCCUCCUAUACCCGCAUUACCUUUCCAUCGUCAUUCGAUCGUCGGAUCGAUGAUGCCUUAUUCACUUACCAAACCUAUCUCUGCUUUAUCCCUCGCCGGCGAUGGCGAAGGUGAGACCUCAGGCACGUUUUCACCUCCACCCAAGGACGAUGGACUCGGAUCUCGACGCUCGAGUCUACCCGCGAACUUAUCAGGUCUGACCAUGUCGAGGAAAGCGACGAUUCGAGCCAUGGUCGGAGAAACGACCGCACCGCCCGACCCUGCGUAUCCCAUCGUCACGUACGGAGGCCAGAACGCCGAAUCCACCAGCGCUUACGAUGACGGAACAAGUGAAAUGGAUUCGCUGUGCGAGUGCGAUUUUAUUGAGGAGGAGACAGUGCAUGAGAGGAUCGAGAGGGAGUUGAACGAGCUGGAGAGAGAGGCGCAGACCGGGGUCAGCUUUUUGAGGGCGACGCAGGGGAUGAGGCUGGGUGAAUGGGGGGACUCUUGUGCACCGGUUGCUCCCCGAAUCCUUGUACUGAUGGACCUUUAUUCCCUAAUGUUUUACAGUUUUCUAACCAGCCAACCUGCGGGAGUCUCGCUCAAACCCGAUUCUGAAGAAACCAGAAAAGUAG